AAACAAACACGACAUAUCGAACAUGUCGACCGCCCUCCUUGAACCACCAACCCGCGACCGCCCGCAAGCAACCCUCAAACUCUCCCAAUCCGCACCCAACUUCAUAAAAUCCCAAACCUCAACCUUCCAACUCCCCUACCCACUCUCCCUCUUCAGCAACUCCGAGUCCCUAGAAAAAUGGUCCGCAACCGAAAACCUCUUCCUCGCAACCCUCCGCUCAGGCGACAAUGACAGCGCCUACGCCCUCCUAGAAUCCCUCACCGACCGCUUUGGCCUCGAAAACGAACGCAUAGCCGCACUUCGAGGUCUUUGGGCAGAAGCCACAGCCAAGACACCACAGGAACUCAUCGAUGUGCUGAAGAAUUACGAGGAGAUAUUGAAAGAAGAUCCGAGCAAUUUCGCGAUUCGGAAGAGGAGAUGUGCGGUACUCAGGAGUAUGGGACAAACGGAACAGGCUUUGAAUGCGCUGACGAAUUUCGUGGAUACGAGUCCCACGGAUGCGGAGGCGUGGAGUGAGUUGGGAGAUUUGUAUGUGGAAUUGGGCAUGUAUGAGCAGGCGAUCUUCUGUUUGGAAGAGGUGCUGGUGUUGAUGCCGAAUGCUUGGAAUAUGCAGGCGAAGAUGGGAGAAGUGCUAUACGUUUCUGCCAAUCAGAAGCAGGAAAGUGGAGAGGUGGCGAGGAGUCUGAGUGAGAGUAUGAGGAGGUUUUGUCGCAGUAUUGAGCUUUGUGAUGAUUAUUUGAGGGGGUAUUUUGGUUUGAAGAUUUCUACGACGAGAUUAUUGGACGUUUUGGGGACGGGGAAGAAUGUGCAGUCGACUACACUGGCUGAUGGGGAGCUUGCGUUGCCGAAGGUGGAGAGUGUGAGGAAGUUGAACCAGGUUGCCACUGCGAAGUUGGCCGAGAUUGUGAGACGCGUGGGAGCUGGAGAGAAGGGGUGGGAUGGAUACAGUGAGGCUGAAAUUGCUGCCGCCAAGGAGUUGCUGGCACGAGAGACGCAGAAGAUUGAGAGAUGAAGCAGAUUGGUUGCGUGAGAUGGGAUAAGACAAGGCCGAAAACAGGCCUCCAGAGUCUGAGCUUCAAUGAGCCUAGCACGGCGGCACACUGCGUACGACACGCAAAGAAAACCCUUUCAUGCUGGCCGCCAUGGCAUGAGUUCACGAAGAGUCACAACACCGGAGACAUGCGAGCAGGUGGAAAGAUACAUGUAGAAGAUUCCAUGUCGCUGAGAUGGACCUUCCGAUAUAGACUUGGGCGAGAUUUCGGAGUCGUUCUCCAGGGCAGCACAGAUGAAGCGCAAGUCAAAUACGUUCGCAUCCAGGCUUCUGCGCCUACUCCGUAUCAGGGUACUGUCGUGGUAUCUAGCUCUCACAAAACACAAGCAAAUCCGUCAAUCAUUCCGAUUCCCUUCCCAUCUCCCAAGCUCUUCCCCACGCCUCGCUACUAACUAAUAGCAUGCGCAAAAACCUUCUGCGCCAACUCACUCAACAACCUCAUUUUCUCCGGCUGAUCCAACUCCUGAAAAACACUGUAAACACUCUUUCCCCUCUUAUCCCUGAUCGCUCCCAGCCUAUUCCCCGCCACAGCACCAGCAAGCGCUCCAGGCACAUUCGCGACAAUGAACCCCAUAGCCCCACCACUCACCCCACCCACAAUCGACCAGAAAACCUUUGUGGGCGAAUUAUUCGAAUCCGCCAUUCCUUCGUCUCUCAUCAUCUCUUCGAAUACCGACCCGAAUUGUUCGUUUGAGUAUCGGUUUGCGUCAUCUUCGGUCUUUGCGCUGCCGCCGAAACCGAAGGCCGACCAUGGGAAGGAGCCGGGUUGCGGGCGUGGGAUUUCCUCUUCGGCUGGGUCGGGUGCUGAACUGCUGGAUGGGAAGCCGUGGAAUUGGUUGCGGGUUAGGUCGUAGUCUUUU